AUGACAAUGGGAUACAAAAGGGGCGAAGGCCGAAAUGGAUUUCCAAGUUUCCCUGAUUGGCGUGCACAUAACACGCACGCCCACACGAACUCAAGACAUUUGGUUUGUUGGGAGUGUGGUCUGGACUUCAUAAACAAUACCAGUUUUAAAAAAGCACACCAAAUCAAGUUAAAUGCGACAAGUGCAAUAAAACGUUCAUAUAUUCGAACAGCUUCAAAAGGCACACAAAAACAGUGCACAAACGGGAGCAUACAGAUCCUUUAA